GUGAAAGAGGGUUAAGAAGAAGGAGAAAAAGAAUGUCGAUGACGACUUCAGAGGCGAGAUCGCCGGUACCGUUGUUGUUGAGAAGAGGAAGGUCUUCCACGGCGUUAGGGACGUCGGAAGAUAGAUCACCGUCGUCGCUACUGUUCAGAAGAAGGUCGAGCAAAGAUGUGAGGAACAUAACGUCAGUUUCUAGCAGUCUCUUGCCUGCGUUUGGGACAGUCAUCGAAAACGAUAAUAACCCUUCUUCCAAACCUUUCAUCGUUCUUCCUUAUGAUCGUCGUUACAGGUUGUGGGAAUUGCUUUUGGUGAUUUUGGUGGGUUAUUCAGCAUGGGCAUCUCUGUUCGAGUUAGCUUUCGAGAAAGCUGCUGAUGGAGCUAUUCCGACCAUUGAUCUCGUGGUUGACUUCUUCUUCGCCGUUGAUAUCAUCCUCACUUUUUUCGUUGCCUACUUGGAUACUUCUACUUACCUCAUCGUCGACGACCACAAGCUCAUCGCCAGACGGUACUUGAAGAGUGUGGCCUUUGUGAUGGACAUCUUAUCAACGUUACCGAUUCAGUUCAUUUAUAAAGCGAUAACUGGAAAUAUUGGACGUGGCCAAGCUUUCGCCUUCCUUAACUUGCUUCGCCUCUGGCGUCUCCGUCGUGUGGCUGAACUCUUUAAAAGACUAGAGAAGGACACACUUUUCAACUACUUCGUGGUCAGAGUCAUUAAACUUCUUUGCGUGACAAUAUUUUGGGUACACAUUGGGGGUUGCAUUUUAUUCUGGAUAGCCUACCAUUAUCCAAGGCCUAUAGAUACAUGGAUAGGAUCACAAGUUGAGGAUUUCAAGGAGAGAAGCAUAUGGCUAGGCUACACUUACUCAAUUUACUGGUCCAUUGUCACACUCACCACCGUGGGAUAUGGCGAUCUCCAUGCAGUUAAUACACGUGAGAAGACAUUCAACAUGUUCUACAUGCUUUUCAACAUUGGUCUCACCGCUUAUCUCAUUGGUAACAUGACCAAUCUUGUUGUCCAUAGCGCUCUUCGUACAUUCACCAUGAGGAGUGGGAUCAAUCAUAUACUACGGUACACUAGAAAGAAUAAGUUACCUGAUAUGAUGAGAGAGCAGAUGCUUGCACAUAUGCAGCUCAAGUUCAAGACUGCUGAGUUAAAGCAAGAAGAGGUUCUACAAGACUUACCUAAGGCCAUAAGAUCGAGCAUUAAUGAACAUUUAUUCCGCUCUGUGAUCGAGAAUGCUUAUCUUUUUAAAGGAUUCCCUGAUGGCCUCAUCAUCCAGCUAGUUUCACAUAUAAAAGCAGAGUAUUUUCCGCCAAAGAUGGAGUUAAUAUUGCAGAAUGAGAUUCCAACGGAUUUCUACAUACUUGUAUCUGGAGGAGUGGUAUACUUAAGUGUUAUAUAUAUGGUGAUGAAGGUAUUGGCUAAGUUAGGUCCAGGGGAUAUGGUAGGAGAGAUUGGAGUUGUCUUUAACAUUCCUCAGCCUUUCACUGUGAGGACAAGGAGACUUUCACAAGUUAUUCGAAUCAGUCAUCAUAAGUUUAAAGAAAUGGUUCAAUCUGAUGUUGACGACGCCAAAAUGAUCAUCACCAAUUUCAUGGCUUAUCUCAAGGGAUUAAAUGAUGAGUUGAAGAAAGAAAUCCCUUUUCUUAGAGAUUUAUUAGCUAAUGAAGAUGCUCAGGAAACGGUUCAGAGAGAAGAAUUACAACAAGGUAACAAUGAGGAGAUAGUUACGGUCUCGAGAGAUGGAUAUGAAAAUAAAGAAGAGCCAAAAAGAGAGGGAGUUUCCAAGAGAGUGAUAAUUCAUGGGCAUCCUCCUAAUGAAGAUAACAACAAGAAUAGUGAUUCCAAUGGUAGACUUGUCAUUUUGCCUGAUUCUCUCCCACUUCUGUUCGACUUAGCUGAGAAGAAGUUGGGGAAACGGGGAAGCACGAUUCUGAUGGCAAAUGGAGCACAUGUUGAACAGCUUGAUGCUCUACGAGAGAACGAUCAUUUAUAUAUUUUCUAACUAAAUUAAUAUAUUACAGUUUAAUAUACAUAUUUGUUAUCUUUCAUAUUAUGGCCUUCCUUCUUCUUUUUGACGUGUUGAACUAAUUCAAAAUGGACAAUAAUAGUAUAAAAC